CUGGAAGACAAGCUGGGACUAGAUCUUGAGUGGACAGUGAUCGAAGACCGCGCGGUCCUCGAGAAUUCCCCCAAAGAUGCUGUCCAAGCGCGUUUUCUCGAGUGGGUGAACGACCGCUCUGUCGAGCUGGACGGUGAAGGGGCGGACGCACCUUGGCUUGUCGAAGACCUGCCUAGAUUCAGAUACUGCCUCUACGUCGACGAGGUGUGCUUCAAUAACCUUACUGCCUUUCCACCAGCUGGGACAGUGGACGCGCAAUGGUGCCUUCAUGGAGGAGAAGUCAUCAUGAUUGACGGCACCUAUGAACACGACGAUGCUGGAGAUGGCGGCUAUGAACCAGUCGAAGGCAACAUGGACUACCAUGUCGGAUGGGCAAAAAUAAAUGUUAUCGGCCUCGCUGAGUUAUGCUCGCUUCUGUCGUGCAGCUCUGGCAAUGAGAUGUGGAUGGUGGUGUAUCGCGGACAUCGUCCAGACACUCAAACCAAACUUGACAUAACGUGUGGCAAACCGCUUCCAGUGGUUCGAACCAUUUGGCGUACCGUACGGCAAACGGAUGAAGGGAAACGCCGAGGUGUAGACACUGAGCAGUCCUCGGGCAAGGCUUUCAAGCAGCAGAGGUGCAGCAGAGUUUAGCAUCAGCAUGGAGUAGCCUCGUGCUAUCAAGUUGCCAUUUGUC